AUGCCGAGAAAUUUCUUGGAAUGCGUGUAUUAUGAUUCCGAGUCAGGAUACAAGAUUGGUCAAGAACCAACUAUCCCUGAAUUGCUGUUCAAGCACGGACUCGGAAAAGAAAAUUUAGUGCGAGCUCCGAUGGGAGGAGACCUUUUGGAUGAUGAUAAAUAUGGAGGAGGGGCACUUCUGCCAGCAGAUGGUCCUGGUUCACCUGAGCGCCCGACUAUUAAGACAUUGCAGUCGCUGCUCGGAAGUUUGCUUUGGAUUGCUCGCUGUAUGAGACCGUACAUAGCGUUUGCUGUACACCAUGCUUAUCGACGUGCACACGCACCAACCAUCGGAGAUUUGAAGCUAGCGAUAUGUAUCUUACGCUACUUGGCUGGAAGUGCUGAUCUUAAAUUAGCUAUGAAUUGCGACGGUGGUCCCAAUAUACCAUUACGGAUCGAAAUUUUUACUGAUGCUGAUUUUGCUGGAGAUAAGAAAGACAGGAAGUCCGUAAGUGGCGGAAUUGUUCGGAUUAGUGGAACAAUUGUGGGGUGGCAUUGCAAGAAGCAAACGGCAGUGGCGUUAUCGACCGCUGAAUCGGAAUAUGUGGCUGCGUCCAUUGGCGCCAAAGAAAUUCUCGUUUUAAAAUAG